CAAUCAAAGUAUGAUAGCACAAUGAUAGCAUUUUUUUGUGGUGAUAAUAUGAUGAUUUGAAAAUAUGAAUAGUGUUGUUUUGUACUUUAGUUCGGUGUCAUAGAAAAUAUUUUAUGAUUGUGUAAAAUUGUGGACCCGGGCAUUCUGCUUUUAUUUUAACUUUCAAGUAAUUACAAAAGUAUUUUGAAAUUCUAUUAUGUAAUAAUAAUAGAAAACCUAUUUCAUAUUUUAUUAAUUUUAGAACAAAUAUAUUUAUAACUUAUCGCUACCUACUCCAUUAUUUGUCAUCCAGCUACAUAAAACCAAUCAAACUGAACAAAUGACAAAUAAAUUGUUAUCACAUUAGGUUAUCCUAUUUUGGUGAUCAAUAUUGACCAUGUAUAAUUGUGAUACAUGUAACAAAGAUUUUACUCUCAGAAAAAAUUUAAAAAGACACAUGAAGAAUAUACAUAAUACAGCUUUAGCUUCUAUUUCAAAAAGCAGCACCACCACUAAGGAAGCCAAACACAAAUGCCCUAAGUGUCAAUUACAAUUUGUUGAAAGAAGUUCACUUAGACGACAUGAAAGGUUAAAACAUAAAAUGAACAUCACGGCCUCCUUAAGAAUCAAAAAAUCUAAUAAAUACAUGACAUUUGAGCCCAGCAAUUUAGAUGAUUAUCCAUUGUUAAAGAAAUUAGUACCUGUAGAUUAUGUUUACAAAGUGAAUUCCAUUCAACAUUUUGAAAAUGAAGGGUUGAAAUCAACAUUUGAAAUUGCCGAUUGUGCUGAAGAUUUAUUUUUGGUUUGGUUAUCAGAAUUGGAACAGAAAUCUAAGGUUACCUACAGAGUUAAAUCAUUCACUAAAUCACCGAGCCAAAAAAUUGUAUUUAAUAAAGUGUAUAGAUGCAUUCAUAAUACAUUUCCACAUAAGUAUCAAAACGCUCAUCCGAAACACACAGGGUGUAUGGCCACAUUAACUGUAAGAAUAAAAAAAUGUAGUGAAGCUUUGUCUGUUAAAAAUGCAAUAGCUGAUAAUAAUGUGAUAAUGAUUCCUCUUAAAGCAAUUGUGACACUCAAUCAUAAUCAUAAUCAUAAUCAUAUGCUGUUAGAAACAAUGAAAAAGUGUAUCACUGAAAAAAAGAAACUAAGAAAAAAAAAGGAAAUACAGUGUAAUACAACUUCUAUGGAGAUUUACACAACAGAAAACAAAUUAAAUAUAACACAUUUUGACAAGUCUAAGAGUCCACAGCAAAACACAACAUCAAGUAUUUCACAAGUAUCUAUUAAAAAUAAUAAAAUCAAUACUAGUACAACAGAAGUGGUUAAAAAGCGAUUUGUAAUGAAGAAAACCGAAAAAAAGUUUUUCAUUGAUGAUAGUAAAAUAAAAGAGCCUAUUGAAAAUGAUCAUUUUGAAUGUCCUGAAGAAUAUGAUAAAUACAUUUUGGUUGAACAUAUAGAUGCACAAAAUGUAGUAUGUGAUAAUAAUGAAAAUGACUUAAACCAAUUAAUGUCUGAUUAUGAUACAGUUAAUAAAAUGAUUUUGCAACAGUUUGAAUCAAAUCCAAGUUAUUUUAAGUCGGCAAUCAAACAUUACACAUUAGCAAUGAAAGAUAGUUUAACUUCUAAAGAAUCUUUAUUGAACACACUGCUUUCAUUUGGAGAACAGUUGAAGGAAAAACACAUAUGAAUUAAAAACAUUAAAAUUGUGUGAAAAAAUUAUAAAAUUGUGGACUGUGGUAGUCCUAUUUAUGAAACAAUUGAUUAAAAAUGAACAGUCCUGUGUGGUGUUCAUGUUUGAUAUGGUCACAUUGCAUUUACCAAAUGAAUGUUAUGCUGUAUUUAAUGUGAGUAUUUUUUAUUUUUUAAACUUCAAUUACUGAAUGUUUUAUGACUGUAUUCAAAAAAAGAGUUUAUGUGUCUUGUAAUUUUCCGAUGAAACGAUAACUUAUUCGAUCGUUUCUUGUACGAUCUUUAAUGCUAAAUAAUUAAAUCGCAAUCCAGGUUUCAGUUGACUCGUUUUUAAAUAAUGGUUUUGAUCAUCAAUUUUGGCGCGAAAAGUAAUGGUGGGGAAAAAACGCGGCAAAAUCAUGUUGGCAACGAUGCGGUGGAUGCUGUCCAAUCCCCGUGCCCGUUAUUCUCGCCAAUCGCGCGGCCUGUUAGAUGCCCUGUCGGCCAAUCAGCAGCCCCGUUACUGUCACCCGUCCGUGCAGUGUUCAAUGACGUCGACCUCUCCACCACAAACAAACCGUCCGCCGUCGCCAUUGUGUAAUCGCUGCUGCAGUUCAUUGUCGUGUUGUGGUCCGUCUCCGAUCUCUCUCGUUGCUCUUUCUCGUUCAUCACUCAACGGCCUUUCGUUUCGUCUUUUGAUUUGU